AGAUUGGCAGUCAGAAAUUCCACAAGUACAGCCAAGAGAAGACACUGAAGUGGUUAAAGAAAAAGGUCAAUCAAACAGUGAAAGCACUUAAAAGCAACAAUAUAUGUGUAGGUGAAAGGGUACAUGCAGCUACAUAUGUCAGCGGUAAACAGAUCACAGAUACUAAGGAAGACUAUAUAUGGUAUGCCCAUGGGUUAAUAUCAGAAUAUAUUUCUGAAGAUCUGAGUAAGGAGUUGUUAAAAUACCUAGGGCUCCCAGAACUUAAAAGCCCAGCAUCAGAGCCACCAUUGAAGAAAAGGAAAUUAUCAGAUGUCCCUGUGGAAGCAGAAGAUGACUAUACUAAGCUUAACAGCAGCAGUCUGAAAACCAAAAAGGCAAACAGCAAGAUGUCUGCUGCACAGAAGGCUCUGGCCAAAGUUGAUAAAAGUGGAAUGAAAUCUAUUUCUACUUUCUUCAGCUCCAAACCUAAAGCAUCAAAAUAG